ACUUUCUCUUUUGUUAGCAGGCUUGGUAUUUGCAAGUUCCCUGCCUUGACAGUAAUCAUCAUGGACAGUGUGUUCCUAACAGAGGACAAGGCCAAUUCUGUGUUAAAAAGAUACCCAAGAGCCAACAGAUUUUUGGAAGAAUUAAAGCAAGAAAAUGAGGAAAAGACGAAGGAGUUCUGGAAAGUCUACAAAAAUGGACUUCAGGGAGAAAGUAACACAGGACAUACCUGGUAUUCAUUUUACCUUGCAUUUCCAUUAAUCAUCGGCCUUUUUGUUAUCCUCAUUGUCAUUUUUGUCAUAUGGAGGUGCCUGUUUAAAAAGAAAAUGCGUAGACAGUCCGUGUACAUGCACAGGGGAGCUCACGAAGCGAUGGGUGAUGGUGCUGUGGCUGACAGCAGAGGUCCACUUCCGCAGCCUCUCAGCAUUGUUCAUUCCCCACAGGAGGAAAUGUAUGAAGUCAGUGGGCUCUCUCCAGGAGGCCUGAGCUAUACAGAUGGACGGUCAGACUCAAUAUCCACAAGGCUAUCAAACUGUGAUCCUCCUCCUUCAUAUGAGGAAGCCACUGGUGAAACCAGUAUGAGAAGUGAAACUGAACAGCACUUAGAUCCACCUCCACAAUAUGAAGACAUUGUGAAUUCCAGUUCUGCCACUGCAAUUGAACUAUCUCCUGUUAUCACCAGUAUUAAAUAAAGCAAGAAGAACACUAUUGACUUUUUUAAAAACUACUAAUCAUUUUGUAGCACUUUAUCUUGGCUUAUUGUGCAUUUCUGUAAUUUAAUGGACUUGUAUAAUGAACUUCUUUUGGUUUGGGUUCAUUUACGUUUUGGUUUGGGUUUUUUUUUAAUUAUUUUCUUCCUCCCUACAGCAGGUCUUAAAGAUCAGGAAUCUGUGUUGAGAGCAUAGUGCAGGUACAAACGUGGUGCUCUGUCAUACUUCUCAAAAGUACCUCCACUUUGAGUAGUCACUUAUUUUAUUCUGAAUAUUGUCUGCAUUCCCUGUAGAUUUGUGGAAUUCCCUUCCCUUUUUGACUGCAAACUCAGAAUUGCCUGAAGUAGGGAAUUCUUAACCAAUGUUUCAGAAAGUUAUUUACACUCAUGGGACUAAUUUUGCAGUAUUCUCUCUUGUCUGAUUGGUUUCUUUUUGUCACUUGGAUCUUUGUAACUUGCUGCACCCCAUCCUAGGCCCUUGGAAAGCUGAGAGCAGUAUGUCUUUGUGUAUACAAACCAGAAUAUCAGCAGAGUAUGCUGGUAAAUAGCAAUAAUUUCACAGUUCUAAUAGAGGAGAUGUAUUCUAAAGCUUUUGCUAUUACAGCUCAAAAUUCAGGACCUGUUUUGAAGAUAAUAAUUCGAAAUAGCAACUGGAGAAUUUGACCAUGCACUCUUUUGUGUGUUCUGCUUUUCCCAUCAGUUUUCCUGUCUAUUUUUGCUUGUGAAUCCUAGAGAUGAGAUGUGUGCUUAUGUUAGUAUGCACAGCUAACUAACAGUAAAUAAAAUAAUAAAGACAGUGAAUAAAAUCCUGAUCAUUUGGAAGUAGGUGCCAAAGCUACAAUAGUCUUCAUUGGGACCGGGAUUUCAUCUGUUUCCCAUAACAUACAUCGUAAGGUAGUAUUUUCCUUUUUAAAAGGAAAAAAGGGAAAGCACUGAGUGUGUGUGUGUGUGUGCAUUUUCCCCUCCCCUCCCCCCAGCUAUGAAAUGAAAAACCCCUUCCCCAAAUCCUGCUGUUCUGCCUCUUGCAUUCCUACGCAUAGCAUGGGUGCACCUUAUAUUGAUAGCUAUGGAAAUCCAUUGUAGAAAACUUUAAUACCUUUUUUCAGCAACUUUAUUGCUUAUCAGUUUCAACAAGGUGCUUCUGUUGCAAAAGUUAGCACUUUGUUAUAAGGAAAUUCAUUUUUCGUUGUUUCCAAGAAUAAUGUGGUACUUUUAUCAAUGACAUGAAUUCUUAAAGUAUACUCCAUUCUCAGCGUAAAGAUGCCUUUUUUUCCACAACUCUUAGCUUAUAGGUGCACAUGGACUGAUUUCACAUAUCUUAAGCAGAGUAAAAAGUGCUGUUUAGCAUGGUAAUCCAGACUGGCUUCAGAAUUUAUGUGGCCAGCCUGGCUCUGUUAUCUCCAUAUGCGAGCUGUGGACUCCACCUGACAUAGUACAGAAGUGUGAGGGCCCCACCAUGUUGUAUCUCAAGGACACAAUACAGGCAUACCCCCAAGUGUAAGUUUGGAGUGACUUUGAAGCUGAGGAGGUGUGGAUUUCUGUUAGGCUUUAUGCAACGUAACUAGAUGCUUAUAUAAAAUUUCAAACAACUGAUUUAUAGACUGAUAACAGGCUGGUGCAAGCUGAUGUGACAGUGUCUUCUUCCAUACUUGAAGCAAGAGUUCACUACAAAGUUUAGCUUGUGAACAUUCAUUUCAGUUUUCUUUCUUCCCACACCCAGAUAGCAUGGCAUUAGCUUUUUAGUAUUGUCUGUGUUCUACUAGUCAAUUAACACCAACUGAAGUGUAUUUAGCCCUGAAGAAUUACAGUGUAACAUUGGCUUUCUUAACGUGACAGAAAACCAAACUGCAUCCUCUUCCAAAGACCUUAAAUAGAACAGCAGUGUCAUCCACUUGAUGUUGCCUUUAAUGUCAUGCAUUAAUUUCUGAUAUGUGCCCUUGUGUCUGCUGUCUCACGGCGGGUUGGCCUGUCUCCUCCCUAAGGAACUUUACAGGAAAUUGCUACAAAUACACUCACUCAAGUACAUCCAUGUAUAUGCACAUCUCUGUAAAAAUUUGAUACAGUGUACUGACAAAUGAAAUAGGGAUCCUGUGAUUAAUUUCAAUCCUUCUUAUGAUGAAGAGCGCCUUGACUAAGUUGUCUACUGGGGAUCUUCAGUUGCUACAGCAAAGUGUAUGAAUGACCUGAUGUGAUGAUGGCUAAUGGAUGAACUCCAGACCCAUCUGUUGUCAAAAAAAACCCUAAAACAACUUAUUUACAUUUAUUAUUUGUAGUAAUAGAUAUCGGGCAGAUUAGUAAAAUAUAUUUUGGGUGAAUUGCAGUAAGAAUUGCGUGGCUCUUGUCUUUGGACUUUCUGACCUUUCCUUUUGAAGUGAUUUUAGCUCCUGUGGAAAAUCCUAAAUUGCUUUAGUACUGAGCAACAGUUAAAAUACUGCAUCUGGCCAGGCAUUACCAAAACCAAGUGCCUCAUCUCGACAUGCAGGAACCACCUCAAAUAGAGCUUGUAGUUCAGUCUCCAUGCCAUACUGGCAAUCUCCCAUGCAUGCCAGCACAGCUGGCAAUUCCAACAGUAAUUUUUUUUAAUUUGGAUAUGAGACUUUCCUGUAGGAAAUGCAGGAAGAUCAUCCAUUUCACAUCAGGUCGUUCAGCAGCUCUCAACCCCUGAACGUGGGCAGUCUGGUUUUGGAGAUGAGCUAGCAGUGAAAAACUUUAACGUUCUGUGUUCCAUUACCUGUUUUAACAGCCUUAUGUUUCUGCUUUCUUAGUAAAAUAUGUUGCUAUGUCCUGUAGAUAUUUUUGCUUGCAGUACAAAAAUGAUGCUUGUCCUUCCAACAGAAAAAACAAACAAAUAUCUAAAAUGAUUUGUGACUACCAUUUAUUGGGCUAUGCCUUUUUCCCAUACAUGAGCCAUUUUGGCUGAUAAACCAAGGUCUUGGUGAAUGUACUUUCAUAAUUAAACUUUUGUGUGGGGCAGUUAUCCAAAUAUAUUGCCAGGAGCAGCUUUCUCCAUGUUGGAAUACUGUCAAAUUACAAAAUAUUUUUUGUUAAGAGGGGGAAAAUAACUUCAAUCUUGUAGCUGGCUUUUCUGAUCUGAUUGAAAAAAUAAAAUUUCUUUUAUAGUGGAUUUUUAAACAGCAUUUUUUUUUUCACAGCACUUACUGAUUUUUAUUAGCCUGUAAUUGCAUUAUCAUGCAAUAAAUAUUAUAAACAUACAGUUUUACUUAUCUGAACGUCCUACAGUUUUACUUAUCUGAACGUCCUUUCAGAAGUCUGAAAGCAGUACUGGCUUUGCUGAUGAAGUGAGUAGUCAGGAUAAUGCCUUUUCCACUUUCAAAUAUAACAUUGACUUUCAUCUUGUGUUAGGACUAAGACAAUUUACUUACUAAUAGCUGAGUUAAAUAGAGGUGUUAUUGUUUGUUUAAGAAAUUAUGGAAAUUAACUUUGCUUAGAUGAUGUUUAACGUCCAUGAAGGUUGUUCUGACUUCACUGGAUGUAAAUAACCUCUGAUUACAGUAUUGAAUAUUUUAAAGGAUUUUGGUUUACAUUAAAUUAUCAUAUUUAAACAUUCUUGCCUAUGUUUAUAGAAGAAAUUUGUUUUGUAACAUUUGUUUUUGAAUAUGGUAAAUAAAGUUUUUUAAAA